AUGGGAGGGGUGAAUGUAGCAUUCAAAGAGUUGAUACAUAAGAUUUUAGACCGGAUUAAGAACGAACCGUUCUUCAGAUGGCCGAACAAGAUGGGGGGCGACCCGUCUCGGAGGAAUCAAAACUUGUAUUGCACAUACCACAAGGAUAAAGGGCCCACCGCCGAGCAGUGCCGGGUAUUAAAAGAUCAUCUGGGGAAACUAGUGAAGGCAGGAUAUUUGAAAGAGUUCGUAGUGGAUUCCGGAAACCGAGAUGCCAGUCAUGGCGCUCAGCAAAAAGGAAACCCUCUCCCGCUGCCAUUGGGGGUGAUCGAGGUCAUCCAUGCUGCUCCGAGGGGUGCGAUUGUAAACAGAAGAGGAGUAUUGGCAGUGGCACCCAAAGAAACUUGCACGGAGAAACAAUCACCCGAAAAGAGGAUGAAAGUUGGCCGGCUGGCAAUCUCUUUUGACGAUGAAGAUCUAGAGGGAACAAUUCAACCGCAUGAUGAUGCGUUGGUAGUAACAGUGUAG